CAACUCACAGCAUCACAGUCACGCCCGACUAGACUAAUAGGAAAGAAUAAAAACAAUACCGUGCAAUUGGGGAAAAAGAAAAAGGAGUUACGGUUCAUCUGUUGAAUGGAAUGGAAUUAAAAUGGCAGUGCUUUUAAAGAAAGGUAUCUACGUAGUGGCUGGUAAGAGGACGCCUUUUGGAAAGAAUGGAGGUUUACUCCGUGAAGUUUUGGCUGAGGAUCUGUUCGCCACUGCGGCUGCAGCAGCCCUGAAGGCCAGUGGUAUAGCCCCUGAUCUCAUAGACACUGUAAACAUCGGGCAGAUUAGUUCAUUAUCACAAUAUGGGAUGUCUGGUCGGCAUGCAGCUCUGAAAGCAGGCAUCCCUGCAGACCGACCUGUUCUCAGUCUAAACCAGAUGUCUGGAUCGGCCUUCAGUGGAAUAAUCUGCAGUGCACAGGAAAUACUUCUAGGAGCUGCUAAAAUGUCCCUUUGUGGUGGCAUGGAAACAUUAUCUUCAGUUCCUUUCGUCGUCCGCGACAUACGUCAUGGUAUACCAUCGGGAAAGACUCCUCAAUUCGAAGAUUUCCUCCGAUUGAGUUACUUAGAUUCUUACUGCAAUAUGUAUUUAAUUGAAACUGUUGAUGUCGUUGCUAAAAUGUAUGGUGUGACCAGAGAAGAAGCGGAUAAAUAUGCUCUGAGAUCACAAAAGAGAUGGAAAGACGCGGACACUAAAAAUAUCUUCAACGAGGAGCUAGUUCCAGUUACAGUAAAAGAGAAAGGCCGUGAAGUUAUCAUGACGAAGGAUGAGUUUCCACAGCCUGACAUCACGUUUGACGAGCUCAGUCAAUUGCCACCUGUGUUCAAAGAUGGACUCGUUACAUCUGGUAACUGCACCGGAGCCAAUGAUGGCGCUGCAGCGGUGGUCUUAGCUAAUGAAGAAGCUUUAACAACCCACAACUUGAAGCCAUUAGCACGAUUGGUGGGCUGGUCAACUGUAGGGAUAGAUCCAGUGAAGAUGGGGAUUGCGGCUAUUCCGGCUACACGGACACUUCUCAAGACUACAGGAUUGUCUAUUGAUGACAUGGAUUUAAUUGAGAUACAUGAAACAUACGCAGCGACAACAUUGAUUACUGCCAGGGAGCUAGGCGUAGAUCACGACAAACUAAACCUUAACGGAGGAGCACUCUCUAUUGGUCACCCAUCAGGGGCAUCCGGAGCAAGAUUGUUAACGCACCUCACGAAUGAGCUCAGACGACGAGGUUUAAAGAGAGGGUUAACAGCAAUGUCCAUAGCUGGUGGGCAAGGCAUAGCCAUGAUCAUCGAGGCUGUUUGAGACGUAAAUCUAAGAUAAGGAAUCUUGAAGAAAUAUGGAGCAUAGUGUUUGAUUUGAAGUACAUUCAAUAAAUAACUUGAACAUUGUGUGCCAAACAAAAAUUGACUAAGCGUUCACUUAUUAAACAAUGCAAAAUAAAUAUAGCUAAUUUGAAAAUGUC